AUGACGACGCUAAUAUUCAACCCUCAGGAAUUCCAUUCGAAUAUUGCCGGGUUCGAACCCUUCAAUGUUGCCACCGUGGAGGCCGAGUUGAUGUUCAACUCCAUCAAACAACCCUUGCAACAGGCAUUAGGUCGGUCAUCAUCCCUCGCCAAGCUCCCCUUUACGUACACAGGACAGCCGGCUGACUCGAAUGGGGAAGAUAGGAAUCCUCGUGCAGCCCUUAAGCACCGAGACGACGAAUGCGAGAUCGUGCUUAAACCUAGCAUUCUGCAGAUUGUUGCACAACUCUCCUCGAAAGUCUUCACCGGCGACGAUCUCUGCCGUAACGCAGACUGGCACCGCAUUCUAAUAACCUACACGGUCAACGUGUACGAAGCAGCUCAGAAACUGACACGCUGGCCCAAGUUCCUCCGCCCUGUGGUCGCGCGCUUCAUCCCGGCCUGCCAGACUCUAAAAGCGCAAAUACAAGAAACGGAGAACCUGCUUCUACCGGUGAUCAAGCGUCGGCGCGCGAUACGUGAGACAGAAAAGGCCGCCGGAAAUUCUACAUCGAAAACGACGGACCGUGUCCCCAACGCGAUCGACUGGAUGGAAGAUGGCGCCUCGGGUCGGCCCUUUAACCCCAGCAUCGCGCAUCUGCUGCUCUCCUUUGCUGCAAUUCAUUCAACCGCAGACAUGCUGACCCAAGUGCUCUACGAUAUCAGCAGCGAUCCUGAUCUUCUCACCGAGCUGCGUCAGGAGAUCAUCUCCGUGAUCCCGACGCAUGGGUGGACGCGCGCAGCGCUCUACAACCUCAAACUCAUGGACAGCGUGCUCAAAGAGAGCCAGCGGCUCAAACCGACGCGGAUGAUCUCCAUGGGCAGGCUGGUGGAGGAGCCGGUGCUGCUGCACGAUGGGCUCGCGAUCCCCAAGGGCACGUUGCUGAUGGUGUCCAGCCACGCGAUGUGGGAUGAGAGCGAGUACACCGACCCGCGCCGGUUCGACGGGCAUCGGUUCCUUCGUAUGCGCGAGCGUGACGGUCAAGAGAAUGACCAUCAGCUUGUGGCGGCGGCACCAAAUCAUUUAGGAUUUGGGUAUGGGAAGCAUAUUUGUCCUGGACGGUUCUUUGCCGCAAACGAGGUCAAGAUUGCGCUGUGUCAUAUGCUAUUGAAGUAUGAUUUUCGUAGAGUGGGCGAUGGGGAUGGGGCAAGGGUCAUCAAUCUGGGAUUUAACUUGUUUACGAACCCAAUGGGGAAGAUUGCCUUGCGGAGACGGCAAGAGGAGAUAUGCCUGGAUGUUUAG